AUGAUCUAACUUCAAUAAUUUGAUCAUAAUUUCUUUGAAAUAAAUUAGAUAAUUAAAUUGAAUGAUAGAAUUCAAAAUACCAAGAUAUUGAGUAUGAUUAAAAAAUUUAUCUAAUUUAGAAAAUUAGAUAAAUAGUUUUCUAACUAAAAGGUUAUAAUAAAGUGUUUUAAAUGAAUAGUUUUAAUAAUUAUAAUAAAAUAAUUGUAAACUAGACAAUGAUCAAGCAUAAAUAAUUUAAAAUAUAAUUACAGUAUAAGAUAAAUUAAAAGAACAAUAGAAAAAUUGUGAAAAUGAACAAGGAAUAUUUUCAUAAAAUUUUGAAUUAAUAACACAUUAUUUAGAAAGAUUAAAGACCCAUCUUAAUUCCAUUUCUUUUUGUAAUUCAAUAUAAAAGGAAUUCCAGAUUAAAACUAAUGAAAAAAUUUUUAAUUUAGAAAAGGAUAAAAUGAGGUGGUAUAUAGAAAAUAAAUUUUAGUAGAAUAAAAAAUUAAAGGAAUUCAGUUAAAAGCUUUUAAUCAAUAUUACUUAAUCCAUAUCAGCCUUAAUUUAAUAGUAAUUGUAAAUUAGCUGCCUAUUAAGUAGUUAAACCCAAAGUAGUCUCAGGUAGCCAAUUUUCUUAUAUUAUUAGCUCCUUAAGGAGGAUUUGGAUUAGCUGUAAUGAAACCUCCAUUACCUAAAGAUAAGGUAACAACAUUCGCUUUUAAAAUAAAUAUAUAAAAAUAUAUCUUAUUAAGAAAUUCAUAAAGUGGGCAGGAAUUGGAAUUUGCCAUUUGUAAACAGCUUAAGGUUUUCAUUAUGAUAUGAAUGAAAAUUAUUCACAAAAAAACCACAAUGUUUACAUAACAUCUACUGGGGGAUAUAGAAUUUCAAGUUAUUAAGGUUAUAGUGUACUGGAGUAAACUUUACUUUUGGUGAAAAUAGCAUCAUUCAUUGUUAAUAUGAUCCUAAAAUAAUACAUUAAAUUUAUUACAUUAAAAUGUAUAUAAAAUAAUAAUUAGGAUGGAAAUACAUAUUAAAUGGAUAUCGCUAAUAAUAAUUUAGAAAUGUCCCUUUGUGUUAUGCUAUAUGGAACAGCAGAAAUAGAAUAAAUAUGA